AUGGAGCGGGAGGCGGCGGCUGAGGUGCGGCGGGCGCCGCGGCCCCCCAGGCAGCGCAGUCGGGCGACCGCAGAGGGCCCCGAGGCCGCUGCGCACGCCGGCGACACGGCCCCCGCGGGCGGCCCCCACGCCGUGCUGGAGGGCAAGGUGAAGGCCCUCAAGGAGAAGCGGGGAGCUGCGAGGCCGCGGCUGCGACGGGCCAAGCCGGGGCUGGAGGCCGCCGAGCCGCAGGCCCAGGUCCGCACGUACCUCACGGACGGGCUGCUGGACGGCACCACGGGCGCUGCGGUGGCACUGCACCCCGCUCCGGCCUCCACAGGCCGUGACAACACCGGGGGGCCCUGGAGGCUGCCAGGGGACGGUGGCGGCACCAGUGGCCUCUCGCUGGCCCAGCGCGUGGAGAGGAACCGGCAGCUGCUGCAGGAGGUGCUGGCGCUGGCGGCCACUGGGCCGCCGUUGAGCAACGCGGACCGGGACUCGGGCGUCUCCCUGCCGGACGCGGACGGCUGCAGGGCCUUUGUGGCGGGGCCGGAGCUCGCGCUGAGCCCGCGCCAUGAGCAGGCCAAGCAGCUGCUGCAGCGCGCCCGCAUGAAGGCGCGGACGAACCCGCUGCGCGCCAGCCACGACAUCCUCCCCCCUGCCUGUCCUGCCCUCAGGGAGCCCAGCGGGACGCCCGCCCCGGAGCCCAAGCCACAGGAUGGAGAAGCGCCGGCCAGCGGGAGCCUGAGCGACUCGUCGAGCGGGGAGUCGAGCGGAGGCGCGCGGCGGGUGCGGGGGCCCUCGCCGUCCCGCGUGCGCUUCGAGGACGAGUCGGCCCGCGACGCCGAGGUCCGGUACCUGGAGCGGCUGCAGCUGCGGCACCGCCGGGCGCUGGGCUCCGUCCUCAGUCCCCUGGGCCGGGGGCUGUCCCUCUCCCAGCCCGAGCCGGCUGCCCGCGGGAGUGAGGGCGAGUGGCAGAGCCGGGGCACAGCGGGGCAGGUGGCCAGCCCAGGCAAAGUGCCCAGUGCCAGGGGCACCUGCAAAGCCUGCGGCUCCUUCCUUGGUGCCUCCGCCAGCAGCAGCGACGCGGGGAGCAGGGAAAAGCACCCGGCCGAGCGGGAGGAGGGGAGCGCCCCCCUGCCGGAGCCAAAAGCCAGGACUCUGGGUCCCCGCGGGUCCCCGCUGUGGAUCCUGCCCUCGCGACAGCGCAUCCACACUGAGAGGAUCAAGGAAACCUACAUCGGGGACGUCACUUAUGUCGACGACGUGGACUCGGCCCUGGAGAGCACCGACACCUCUGACGGCUGUCGCACGGACAGCGAGGAGGGGGGUCCUCGGGGCCCCCGUCCGAGGGCACACGGGCACCCCCGGCCCCGUGGCCACAACGCGCCCGUGGCCGGGAAGUCAGAGCAGGAGCGACAUGGUGCCAAUGGGAGAGGAGACGUGCGGGGACUGAGCGGGUCGGCAGAGCCCAAGGCUUCAGUCAACGGGCCUGAAGUGCCUUCCUUGCGCGCGGCGCCGCUUGGGAGCACUGGUGGCCGUGAAGCCGGCGUGGGGCCGCACAAGGCCCCCUCUCUGCAGGUGGGGCUUGAGCCCUCCGCCGCGGGUGUCCCUGGCCGGGGCCGCUCGCCAGCACCUUGUAGGAAAGCGGGUGGCCCUCGGGGUCCCAGCCCUGAGCCCGCGGCCCCUGUGGAGCGACCAUCCCCAUGUCGCGCCGGGCACCUCCCUGACGGCCCCCUCGGCACCCUGUCUACCAACAACUGCAACAACACCCAGGGCCGGGCGCUGGCCGGAGGGCUCAGGGCUGGUGCCACCGCUGCAGGUGCCUCACUGCAGCCAGCAGCAGAGAAACCCCUGGCGCAGGAGCAGCAACGUCCCAAGGGCAGCAGCGCUGGCAGCACCACCCCAGAGGCCCCCAGCAGCCGCAAGGGGGGCAGCGCUGCCGCCAGCGGCCUGAGGAAACUGCUGUGCAGCCUGAGCCAGGGCACCAAGCAGCGCCUGGGCCGCUUCCGCUGCUACAGCAUGGAGCAGCUGCCGGGGCCCGGCCCCGCGCCGCCCGGCCCCGCGCCGCCCAGUCCUGCGCCACCUGCCAUGCAAAAGUCACCCUCGCUGCAGUCCCUGCACAUGGUCUCGCCCCUCAGGCAGCCCCGGCGAGCGGCCUCUGUGCAGAGCCUCCAGAGCCUCCUGGCCAAGGCGCCCCGCGCCAGCGCCUACCUGGUGCCCAAGCCGGGAGACAGCAGCAAGGGCGGCCCAGCGCCUGGGCGCUCGCUCAGCCUGGAGGACAUUGGUGCCCCCGACCUGCCCCGUGCCGUGGGCCGCGUGGUCGAGGUCUUCCCCGAUGGCACCAGCCAGCUGGAGCUGCGGCGGCCGCCCGACGGCACCUUCGGCUUUCGCCUUGCCUCCAGCCACGGCCGCCCCGACACAGGUGUCUACGUGCAGGAGAUGGCGGAUGCUGGCACGGCCAAGCUCUACGCUGGGCUCCUCGCCGUGGGCGACGAGAUCCUGCAGGUCAACGGGGCGGCGGUGUCAGGCCUGGCACCGGUGCAGCUCCACGAGCUGCUGCUCCGCGCGGACACCCUGUCCCUGCGCGUGCUGCGCCAGCGCCCGCCCCGGCGGUAGCGGCAGGGCCGUGGGAGGCGGCCUGAGGACUGGGGUGCUGCUGCGGGACGGCGCCGCUAUCCUGCCCUGCCUGCCCUCCCACCAGCGCUGCCGACCCCUCUCUGGGCCCCAGAGGACCUGGGCUCUUUCUGUGCAAUAUUAUUUCCCCCCAACGCACAUCGGGAGAAGACCUGAUGUCCCCAGGCCUGGGAGGCAAGGCAAUAAUGCAGGAUCCACUGCUGAUUGUGUCUGGUAUCCCCAGGAGCUGCCUGGUGUCCCCGAGGGGCUCCUCAAUGGUGUGGGAUGCCUCUGUGGGCUGUCAGUUU